CCAAUCACGAUAUUCAAAUGAUAAUUUAUAUUCGGAUAAUAAGUGCAUGGCUUCGAUCAAACGACAUUCAAAUUCUCACAAAUCGCUCGAAUGAUCAUGAUGCAAUAAAGAGAAUAAGAAAGGAAAAACAACGCGGAGAUCAAGAAGAUCGGCUAGCAAUUAUCGUAAUAACCCCAUUUGUAUACGAGACGUGUAAAGAAAUUUGAAAUAUUGUGAGGUGUUGCAAAGGAGAGAUCGAUCGUUCGUUUCGAGUAAAGGAUACAAUAUAUAAUAUCUCAAGUGUUUUGUGCGUGCGGAUCCGACCCUCUGCAUCUCAGUGGAAGUGCAGUUAUACGUCCUUAUUGGAUAUAAGAUAUAUAGAUUGAUAGAUAGACGUACGUUUGCUGUCUUGUCUAUCUAAUCGUAAUUUUUCGUUCGCGAAUUUAUGUUUUGUUAUCAACGUGUGGUUCCUGUUGUUGUUUGUUGUUUUGGUUUAUGAUUGUGACAGUGAAUUUUUAUGGUUUCGUUUCUGUUCAAUUGUUGUUGGUGUGUUCACCGUUUUAUUGUUGUUCAGUUAUCUUUGGAGAUUCUUCUUAAGUAACGGACUCAACGCCUCAUCAACGAUCGAGAAUAGCUGAAGCACCCCUCAGGAUGGAGUGCCGUUGGGCUCGGCGGAAAGGCCUUUUUGCAGGUUGCACACUCUUCCAUCUACUACUCCAACUACUCGUCGGUAGUCACACGGUUGCUGCGAGAAAUUCUGAGAGGUACGAUGCCGCCUACGAAUGCGAGGGAAAAACCCUGACGAUCGAGUGCGGUGAGGGUGAACUUAUUCACCUUAUACGAGCUAACUAUGGACGGUAUUCGAUAACGAUAUGCAACGAGCAUGGAAACACAGACUGGAGUGUCAACUGCAUGUCGACCAAAUCGUUCAGAGUGCUUUUCGACAGGUGUGAUCAAAAAAGGAAUUGCAGUAUCGUUGCUUCGACUUCGCAAUUCGGCGAUCCAUGUCCAAAUACGCUCAAGUAUUUGGAAGCACACUAUCAGUGUAUGUCUGCUGCAACAACCACCACCACCUCACGACCCAGUCCUCCGUGGCUCAUAACUUCGCAGCCGAGUGUCUGGAGCACCGCUAAACCGACCGUCAGGCCGAUUUCUAGAAAUACUGCACCGGUUCAGCCACCACCACCUCCAACACCACAAACGCCAGUCGUCAUUCCGACCACUUUGCCGAGUCCCACGACGACUCCGGCUAAGGCGAUUGUCGGUAACGGUUACAUCGACGAGGACGCAUCACAGCCUGGUAAUGGUCUGGGUGCUCCAGUUCCUCCAUUGAUGUCUGAAACGACCCAAGUAUCGCCAACGACCUUUUCCCCAUGGCGAACGAGUCGUCGAACAACCGUUCCGAGCACCCUUUGGCCAGAGUCAAGCUCAAAUGGACAGUGGUCAGACUACUCGCGACGCCUGUGCAAGCCAGUAAAGGCGAGAAAUCUGUUCUGGAACACGACGCGAGCGGGUGACGUAGCCGUACAAACCUGCCCUGGUGGGGCGACGGGAAUUGCAAGAUGGAAGUGCGUUGAUCAGGGUGACACGGCCGGUUGGUAUCGGGGCACUCCCGAUCUCAGCGAGUGUCGAUCCGUAUGGUUGACGGCGUUGGAGAACCGCGUGGAGGACGGUGACGUUAUUCUAAGCGUCAGCAGCGAGCUGUCUCAAGUGACCAAUAACAGCCGGGUUCUAUACGGCGGGGACAUGAUGAUCACAACGAAGAUCAUCAGGAACAUGGCGGUGAAGAUGAAGGACAACCUGAAGACCUACACUGAUCUUAAACAGCAAGAAGUUGCGGUGAGGGAACUACUUCAGGGCGUUAUCAUAACCGGUAGCAACUUGUUGGACAAGACCCAGCUUCCUUCGUGGAAGGAUUUGAGCCAUCAGGAGCAAAUGAGAGUGGCCACCUCGCUGCUCAACGGGCUUGAGGAGAACGCUUUUCUUCUGGCGGAUGCCUACGAGCAGGAGAACACGAUCGUUCAAAAAGGAGAAAACAUACUCGUGUCGAUCAGGAUUCUCGAGGCUAGGAACAUAGCCAAAGAUCUCGAAGUAUUUCCGAGCCAAAAGGUGCUCAGGGAGUGGCCUGUAUCCAACGAUCACGUCGAGCUUACGAAAGGGGCGCUUUUGGACAACAGUGACAACGGUAUCAUCCGUUUGGUCUUCAUGGCCUUCGACAGGCUCGAGGAAAUACUUCAGCCUCAAGCUGAGACCUCGUCGAUAGUCGGAAACGACGACUCUCAGUUCAGGCCGAAGAACACAACCAGAAUACUGAACACCAAGGUGAUAUCAGCGUCUCUGGGCAAAGGGAAGCACAUCCAGCUGUCGGAACCUGUUAAAUUAUACUUCAAGCAUCUGACCGUUGAAAACGUGACUAAUCCUAGUUGCGUCUUUUGGGAUUAUACGAUAAAUGCAUGGUCCGAGGAAGGUUGCCACGUACAUCUUACCAACAACACUCAUACCGUCUGCGAGUGCAAUCACCUGACAAAUUUUGCCGUACUGAUGGACGUUCACGCAGUUAAAUUGGACACGGCGCAUCAAGUCGCUCUUCAGAUCAUUACCUACAUCGGGUGCAUCAUUUCCGUAAUUUGCCUCGUCCUUGCCAUACUCACAUUCCAACUGUUCCGCGGACUCAAGUCCGAUCGAACGACCAUUCAUAAGAACCUCUGCGUCUGCCUGCUGAUAGCUGAGGUCCUCUUCGUUUGUGGUAUCGGUCAAACUGAUCAGAGAAUCGUCUGUGGCGUCGUCGCAGGACUUCUACACUUCUUUUUCCUUUGCGCGUUCGCGUGGAUGUUCCUCGAAGGAUUUCAACUUUACGUCAUGCUGAUCGAAGUAUUCGAGGCGGAGAAAUCCAGACUUCGAUGGUACUACUUGGUCGCUUAUGGCGCUCCGCUACUCGUAGUAGCAAUUUCCUGCAUCAUCGAUCCUCUGAGCUAUGGAACUGAUCGUUACUGCUGGUUGCGAGCCGACAACUAUUUCAUAUUCAGUUUUGUGGGGCCCGUGAUACUCGUUAUUCUGGCGAAUCUCGUCUUUUUAUCGAUGGCAAUUUACAUGAUGUGUCGUCACGCAAACACCGCCAUAUCUAUGAAGAGCAAGGAGCACUCGAGAUUAGCUAGCGCAAGUGGAAAGGAAGAGAAUGCUCUUCCCAACAAAUUGCAAGCGCACUUGGCCUGGCUGCGAGGAGCUAUCGUUCUAGUCUUUCUCCUGGGACUGACGUGGACCUUCGGAUUGUUGUACUUGAACCAAGAAUCGGUGGUGAUGGCUUACAUAUUCACGGUACUGAACAGUCUCCAAGGCUUGUUCAUCUUCGUGUUCCACUGUGUGCAAAACGAGAAGGUGCGGAAAGAAUACCGUAAGUUUAUCAGGCGCCAUUCCUGGCUGCCAAAGUGUCUCCGAUGUUCAAAGACCGUCUCGGGCAGCUCGGCCGGCUCUUCGGGGACCAGCGGAGGCGUCGCCGGGACGAAUGGCGGGAAGGAAUUCGCCUCCCACAACACGUCGUCAAAUCCGUCGGCACCGACGACGGACAGCUCGGGAUUGUCUCCUCACGCAGCAGCUAGCUACUUGGUGUCCGGGCGCGGUUGGGUUACGACUGACAGACAACAAUCGGCGGUGCUGCCCCCAGCCGCCUGCACAACCAAUUCUCAACGCGAGCCUCCUUCGUCGGAAGCUCAUAUCGUAGCAACGCUGCCUCACGCCCGAAACAACUUUCCCUCAGCUCCUAAUAUCCCUAAAUCUGCGACCGCCACUUGGGGACCUCUUAACAAAAACCUCAUGUGGAAGAACAUUUCUUUUAAAUCGUGUUCCCGGGAUUCCGGACACGGAGGAUCGGAGCAGGAAGACUCGCCCCGUACCCACAGCACGAUGACAUUGGGUCACGGAAGGACCCGUGAUCGAAGACUAGUCGACGACCUGGGCGAGGCGACGACGCGGUCAGGACGACGCGCGGCAUCUCCGUACAACCACACGUACACGGAGAUAAGAGACGGACGUGGAGGGCACCACCAGGUCCACGGACACCACGGACAGCACCUCCACCUUCCCCGGGGGCUGGUCACCGGCGACGACGACCCCGUAUACGAGGAAAUAGAACGCGGAGGUGGUGAAAUCCAGGUAUCCGACAUGUCGGACGAGGACGGGAGACGCCAGAGCGACAUGAGCCGUCAGUCCUCGCGGAGCUACGGCGACCAUCGUCCUCUGAUCCCGUACUCGCCGGCCAACGACAGGAACCUCAUCCACUACGGCCAGACGAUAGACAACAGAGGCGCCCCCCAGCACUGCGUCGGUAAUCCUGCCGAGUACAGUCCCGGGCAAGAUCGCAACGCGGCCAACAACUGCUGGGAGAAACUGAGACGGUACCAAGCCAGGUACGAGCUCGGAGAGCUGUCGAGACUGCCAGGGAAUUACGGACUCCCGCCUCUGCAGCAGGACCACAGUAGAACGGUGGCGGUUCUGAACGGACACACUGUAGUUUGUCAUCUUCAGCCGCAGACGGAUAUGUAUACAGGUCGCAACAUGCCGCCACCUUCCUACAGCGAGUGUUGAGGGAUUCGAGGUUUUCCUGAAGGGGUCCUGAUGAUGACGACGGUGACCGAAGUGCUUGGGUCUCGGUAAUUCUGAUGCACGGAGGUGGCCGAAACGUUUGUAGAUAUAUUAUAUAAUAGUAAAGGCGCCUCCGGAUCACGCGUUAUGGAUUAUAGAUGCACGGGCAGUCAGUCCUCUCUUAUCUCGAAACGGCUCGAAUCAAGGGCUGAAGAAAUAAUAACUUGCGGUGAUUUAUUGUGCACGCGUUAUAUGUAUAUAUAUAUAUUUAUAUAUACAUAUAUAUAUAUAUAUAUAUAUAUAUAUAUAUAUAUAUAUAUAUAUAUUAUAUUACGAGGUCUUUGUGUAGUAGUUUUCCUCCUGGUGCGCGCGUUGUUGCAUUUAUUUUAUUUAACAUUUUGUACAGUGGAUGUACGAGUGCUACAAGACUGAAGACUAGCUCAAAAUAAAAUAAAGUAAAAACAAACA